UUGCAUGAUUUAGAGCCUAAAACUCUAUUAAACAGCCGCCAUAUUGAAUUUGGAGCCGCCAUCUUGAAUUUCGGGCCGACUUCGUGGAAUUUCUGGUUUCCAGUGUUGUUUUCCGCACAAAAUUUGUCAACCAUGCUAAAGGUUACAACAAUCGCCGCAGUUUGAUGUGUCGCAUGAUGGGGCUUGGUUCAGUUUUAUAUACGGCCACUUUUACCGGAGCUGGUCCCGGUCGCUGAAAUGGCCACAACUCCGGAACGCCUUGACCGAUGCGGACUAUUUUCAAUGGCAAGCAAUAUGGUAAAAACACGGUUCGAUUCGAGCUAUAAUCCGAAAAAUCGGCCAAUGGGAAUUUUCCUAAAAGUGAGUGAGCUUAUUUUGCGUACAGACAUACAUACAUACAUACAUACACUCAUACAGACAUCAUCUCAAUUCGUCGAACUGAGUUCAAUGGUAUAUAUGACUUGACUCUGGGAGCCUUCUAUCGAAAAUUCGUUUUUUGAGCCAACAUAUAGCCUUUCAGUACACUUUGGUGUACGAGAAAGGCAAAACACUCAAAUUUUGCGUCUUCUCAAUUCACUGAAUUGCCCCUAAUUUCGUUGUAAGAAAAAUGUUUGGCAAUGUUUCUUCGGAAUCCUAAUCAGACUAGUUGAGGCACUCAGGGCAGUGCAUAGAUGACAUGACUGCUGGACUAUCAUGCCGAAGGGGUUGAUGCUAAAAUUUACCACCGUUGUGCAAAUUUUAAGGAGGUUAACACGGAAAAUAUGAGAAAAUGUGUGAAAAAUAAAAUCUAAUAAUUUUAAUGACAUUUCUUCAUGGAAGUACAACAAAUAAUCUUUGUUUUGAGGGCUUCACCUUUUAUGUUUGUUAUUCCAUCCCUGAGAUAUACGUGAUUUUGUCCGUCCAGAUUCUAAAAGGACAAAGCAUUACCAUUGCGAUCGUCAACGUAAUCAAAUUCAGUCUUUACCAGGCCUUCAGCCGAGUUUGUUCUUUCUUGAAAGCCCUUAUCCGUAUUCCGGAUAUUUUUUUAUAUUACAUAUAACUGAAUGAGCUAGAUAGAACAGAUCAAAAAGAAGUGGAAGUUUGUGAAGUUGAGUGUGGGGUCGAAGUGUGGAAAUUGACAAGCAACUACCAGCAAGUUUCAUCGUAGCGUUCCCGUGAUAACCUUCGUCAAUACCUUUAAGCUUUUGCCUAGCUUUUGCUAUCUACAGGGUUGUCAUCAACAAGCAAUUAGGUUGCACUUUCGUGCCAAUCGUUGCAAAUAUGGAAAAUUCUGCUGGAUCUGUUAAAGUUGUAGCGGAUACAGCUCAUAAAGUUUCGUGGACAUUUAAGUUUGAUAGGCAACGUUAUACACGGUCGACAGAUUGGAAAGUAGAGUCCGAACGGUUCUGGAUUUACGGUAACGCGUGGAAAUUGUGCUUUCAAAACAGAACAUUUUUUGAUACUGAUUACUACGUCGACGCUUACUUGAUGUUGAUUGUUGAUGACCAGCCUAAGCAAGAUUCAAUUGAGCUCAGCUACAGAAUACAUGCCAUGGGACAUGCCAAUUGUAAAACAUUUUCCUGGGCCUGUAAGCCCCAGAAGUAUUCGCCCCUACCGAACCGCGGACAAUUUGACAUGAGUGUUAAUGCAGACACAUUUCUCGCGAACAACGAAGUAUUCCCUGAAGACAUGCUGACAUUACGUUGCGAUAUAAUUUUCGAAGAAAAUCCUCCCCCUAUACCAGAUUGUCACCUUACUAACCAAUUGAGAAUGUUGACAGACGGAAUGUUUACGGAUGUUACCGUGGUGGUUGGAGAAAGACAAAUCAGAGCCCACAAAGUCGUGUUGGCCACCCACAGCCCCGUAUUCGAAGCGAUGUUAAGAGCAAACAUGCAGGAAAGCAGUCAAAAUGUGAUCAAAAUUGAUGAUUUUGAGUACGAAGUUGUUCAGGAAAUGAUGACCUACAUAUAUUCGGAUUCUUCACCGAAAAUUGAAAACCUGGUCGGCAGCCUCCUAAGAGCAGCGGACAAGUACGACCUGGGCAGACUGAAAGCACUCUGUGAGCAGACGCUCUGUAACAAAGUGUCGGUGCAUACCGCGGUGGAAUAUCAAGCCCUUGCCACGCUUUGUAAUGCAGCUCAGUUGCAACGGAGUGUCACAGUAUUCAUUACAAACAAUAUAGCGGAGGUACUAAAAACGGACGAUUGGCAACGUAUGGUACAAAUGUUUUCCCUCAGUUACAUUUGUCAGAAGGAUAAACAAAAUGUUGAGCACGAUGACAAAGAGGACCACGAUUAAUACAAGAUUAAGUCAGUCUACACCGGAGCUACG